AUCAUAACACAAAAACAUAGAGUAAUAUACAAUAUACAAUUGGAAAGUGAAAACUAGCCAACAAAGAAAAAAAGAAGAGACGAGAAAAAAAGUUUCUUGGUUUGAUUUCAGCUAUAGCCCAGACCCACCGGACCACAGUCCCGUUAAAUAAUAAACCCAGCACGCCCGCGCGCGGGAGCGCAGAGUCAAGAAUUUUGGACGCACUAUCAGUCUAUCAAGAAGCUCUUUGGAACUCAAUUUCAGUUCAUAUGAUGUUAAGGCCACCUAUUGUUCGUUUCUAUUUUAUAAGAGAUGGCAAGGCGAUGUUUUGACCGAGAAGAAAUAGAUUGAUUUGUCAAUGUCAGUCCCCCAGCAAGAUGAAUAUCGAAGUGAUUGACAUAGAAGGGCAGAAGAGACAAAAAAGUGGGGAAAGAGUUGCUGAACAAAAUCAGAAUUUCAAACACGGGUUGCCGGACAAUUUUACUGAAAGAGAUGCUAUCAUUGAGGUUGAUGAGGAGGAAGAGAAGCCAUAUGUGGGGAUGGAGUUUCAAACAGAAGAAGCAGCAAAGAAUUUUUUUGACGCAUAUGCUAGGCGUGUUGGCUUUAGCAUACAUGUUGGUCAGUACAGCCGAGCUAAGCCUGAUGGACCUAUCAUUAGUUGGGACUUUUCUUGUUCUAGAGAAGUUUCCAGAAGGAAGAAUAUAGAGAGUUGCAAUGCUAUGCUUCGCAUAGAGAGGAAGAGUUCAGAUAGUUGGGUUGUGACUAAAUUCGUUGCGGAUCACAAUCAUUCAAUAGUGAAUCCCAGCAAGGUGCAUUACCUUCGACCUCGUAAACAUUUGGCUGGUGCUUCCAAGACUGUUGGAGAGAUACCGCGAGCUCCAACUGAUGUUAUGGUUCCGGUGGAUGGAAAUCAUGUAUUUGUCAGUUCUAAUGAAGGUGUUAAGGAUGCUUCUCCUAUGGAGUCAAAUCGUGUGACCAAGAACUUUAGUCCUGUCAUACCAAUAAUGUUUAUUCAGCCUUGCAGCCGAAAGAGAACUCUUGGUAGAGAUGCCCAUAAUCUUCUUGACUAUUUCAAGAAAAUGCAAGCGGAAAAUCCUGGUUUCUACUAUGCUAUUCAACUUGAUGAUGAAAACCGCAUGACGAAUGCUUUUUGGGCUGAUGCAAGAUCAAGGGUAGCUUAUAGUCACUUUGGCGAUGCUGUUAUUUUUGAUACAAUGUAUAGACCAAAUCAAUUCCAGGUUCCUUUUGCUCCAUUCACAGGAGUAAAUCAUCACGGGCAAAUGGUUUUGUUUGGCUGUGGGUUACUCUUAGAUGAGUCUGAGUCUUCCUUUACUUGGCUUUUCCGGACCUGGCUAUCUUCAAUGAACAAUCGCCCUCCAGUUUCUAUUACAACCGACCAGGAUAGAGCUAUAAAGGCAGCAGUCAACCUAGUAUUACCCGGUACUCGUCAUUGCAUUUGUAAGUGGCAUAUCUUACGAGAAGGGCAGGAAAGAUUGGCUCACGUAUAUAUGGCUCAUCCUUCCUUUUAUGGGGAGCUGUAUAGCUGCAUUAACUAUUCUGAGACAAUUGAGGAUUUCGAAUCAUCUUGGGCCUCUGUACUCGAUAAAUAUGAUCUCGGGAAAAAUGAGUGGCUUCAAGCUGUAUAUAAUGCUCGCAACCAGUGGGCUCCAGUAUAUUUUCGAGAUACUUUCUUUGCUGCACUUCCCUCCAACCAGGGUGUAACCUUCUUUUUUGAUGGAUAUGUGAAUCAGCAGACAACUCUACCAAUGUUCUUUAAGCAGUAUGAAAGAGCGUUAGAAAGUUCACUUGAAAGGGAAAUUGCAUCUGAUUUUGAUACAAAUUGCACCACUCCAAUGCUAAAGACCCCAUCUCCAAUGGAACAGCAAGCAUCUAAUCUCUUCACCAGAAAAGUUUUUGCAAAGUUUCAAGAGGAACUAGUUGAAACUUUCGCCCACACUGCCAAUAAGAUUGAUGGUGACGAGACUCUAAGCAAAUUUAGGGUUGCAAAAUAUGAACAGGAUGACAAGGCAUACAUUGUAAUGUUGAAUCUUGCCGAGAUGAAAGCAAGUUGCAGCUGUCAGAUGUUUGAGUAUUCGGGCAUCUUAUGUAGGCACAUUUUAACCGUCUUCACAGUGACUAAUGUUCUCACAGUUCCAUCCCAUUAUAUACUUAAGAGGUGGACAAGGAAUGCAAAAGUUGGACAAGGAUUGGAUGAAGUCAUUGUUAAGCAAGGAGUUAAUUCGCUUACUUCACGUUUCAACCACUUAUGUCUGGAAGCUUUAAGAUAUGCAGAGGAAGGGGCAGUUUCUGCAGAGACCUAUGAUGCAGCGGUUAGUGCUCUGAGAGACGGGUUAAGGAAGAUUUCUAUUGUUGCGAAAAAUGUUGCCAGACCUCUUAUGUCACAGGGAAGUGAAAAUACUCAGGAUGAGAGCAUAAAAAGAACUCCAGCUACUUCUGAUGCUGCACCAUCUUUAUGGCCUUGGCAAGAUACAAUGCCUCAUCAUUUUAACCUUAAUGUUGGCGGUUUAACUACUGGUGACUUAAAUCAGCCCACUAUGACACCUGUGGCUAUAAAUCAUGAUGGCGGCCUUGCUGAUAAUGUGGUUGUUUAUACUUGUUUUAAGUCUAUGACAUGGGUGAUUGAAAACAAGAGUCCAGCAAGUAAAGUGGCUGUCAUCAAUUUGAAGUUGCAAGAUUAUGGCAAGAACCCACCAGGGGAAACAGAAGUUCAGUUUAGAGUUACAAGAUCCACUCUAGAGCCAAUGCUGAAAUCCAUGGCUUACAUAAGUCAACAGCUUUCCCUGCCGGCAAAUAGAGUGGCUGUUAUUAAUUUAAAGCUUCAAGAUACUAAGACAGCUACCGGAGAGACUGAAGUGAAGUUUCAAGUUUCAAGGGAUACUCUAGGAUCAAUGUUGAGAUCGAUGGCUUACAUUCGUGAACAACUUUGAGUAGGAACUUCUUGUAAAUUGCUUCUGGAGGCAGAGAGAACACAUAUUCACAGCUGAGUUAUCUCUACCAGCCACUCAGUUUGCUCUAUUUUUGGUUUGCACUUAUUAACUAUUCUAUGUAGUUGACACAAAUUACCAUGUAGUUGUAUGCUGGAAAAUUAGUUGUCCAUGUCUGUAAGGAGGACCCAACAAAGAAUGUAAUCAUCUUAGGUUAGUAGUAGUUGCUGUUUCAUUGAUAGAUAACUAGGAGUAUCAUUUUUUUCUUUUUUAGGGUAGGUAUGUGUGUGUAAUCUAUUAUUUGUAUACCUGUGUAAGCUGCCUUUGUUAAUACUACUCCCACCAUCCCACGUGUGAGGGGUACAUCUCUUAUUGUAAUCA